AAACAUGGCGGCCCCCAUGUCAUGGAGAAGACUUGUGUACUCUGUGUACACGCCGGCUCUUUCAGGGGUUUUCACCAGGAUUUCGGAUAAGUUUUUCCGCAAGCAUGACCGCAGGAGAGGUUCAUCCCUGCUCUUGCUGGCUCCCCUGUUGGCAGAGGCUGAGCUGGUCCCAGUGCCCCCCUCGCGGCCGCCCAGCUCUGUGGAGGGUCUGCACGCACGUUUUCGCUGGAUGGCUGACCACGUGCCUGCUUUCAGGGUGCCUGGUGCUCGCGUACACAUCCUCCACUCACCGGAGGAGUUCUACCAGGUCAUGAAGGCACGAAUCAAGACAGCUAAGAGUCGAGUUGUGAUGGCAUCGCUGUAUCUGGGCACAGGACCCCUGGAGCAGGACCUGGUGGACUGCAUGGAAGAGGCCCUAGAACGCUCCCAGAACCAAGGCAGCAGCCCCGACCUCCAAGUGUCCAUGCUGCUGGACUACACACGAGGCUCGAGAGGUAAGAAUAACUCGCGGACCAUGCUGCUGCCCCUGCUACAGCGCUUCCCUGAUCAGAUGCGCGUGUCCCUCUACCACACGCCCGACCUGCGCGGCCUGCUCCGGCUGCUCGUUCCCGAGCGCUUCAACGAGACCAUCGGUGUGCAGCACAUCAAGGCCUACCUGUUUGACGACAGCCUCAUCAUCAGCGGGGCAAACCUGAGUGACUCCUACUUCACUAACCGGCAGGACCGCUACGUGCUGCUGGAGGACUGCCCUGAGGUGGCCAACUUCUUUGCUGACCUGGUGGGCGCCGUGGGCGACGUGUCCCUACAGCUGCAGCCGGACGACAGCGUGCACAUGCUGGAUGGCAUGGUGCACCCCUACAAAGGUAAUCGGAAAGACUUCUCUGCGUCGGCGCAGCAGCGCAUCAUGGAGGUGGUCAACACGGCAUGCAUCCGCCAGCGGCUGCUGGAGGCCGAGCAUUCGCCGGAGGAGGAGGCCGAGGCCGAGGCGGAAGCCCCGGGCUCCGCUGACCAGUCCUCUUCCUCGGACACCUGGGUGUUCCCGCUGGUGCAGAUGAAGCCGCUAGGCAUCCACCUGGACGAGCAGGUGACGCGGCGGCUCCUGACCGAGGCCGGCGGCGACUCCACGGUCUACCUGACGUCGGGCUACUUCAACCUGACGCGCGCGUACAUGCGGCUGGUGCUGGGCGCUGGUGCCGACUACCGCAUCCUCAUGGCGGCGCCCGAGGUCAACGGCUUCUUCGGCGCCAAGGGCGUGGCCGGCGCCAUCCCGGCCGCCUACAUCCACCUGGCGCACCAGUUCUACAGCAAGGUCUGCGCCCUGGGCCAGGAGAGCCGAGUGCACCUGCACGAGUAUCACCGGGCCAACUGGACCUUCCACGCCAAGGGGCUUUGGUAUUACCUGGACGGCAGUGACCGGCCCUGCCUCACUCUUAUCGGCUCACCAAACUUUGGCUACCGCUCCGUGCACCGGGACCUUGAGGCGCAAAUUGCCAUCGUGACCGAGAACGAGGAACUCCAGGCACAACUUCAGCAGGAGCAGGAGAUGUUGUACAAGCAAUCCAGCGAGGUGUCGGGUAACACCUUUAAGCAGCCCGAUCGCUACGUGAAGCUGUGGGUGAAGCUGGUCACCCCUCUCAUCAAGAACUUCUUCUAAGAGCAAGCUCAUGGGCCCAAGCAUCCCUCUGUCCAUGUCAGGUUGAAGGUCCAGAUGUAGGUGGGGCCACGGAUGCGCGUCUUGUAGACCGGGCACUCGUAGACGUUCUUGGUUUCCUGCCGGUCCACAGGGAUGGCCUUGAUGAAGAGGACAGGCAUGGCCGGGCUCAGCUCCUUCAGACGCGCGUCGCAGAUCACACCCGUCUGGGUGUCCCAGCGAGCACCUGGACAAACAGCAACAACAACAACACCACACACCCACAUAUACAUGCUUACUCUGACUGGGUGGGGGGCAUGGCAGACAUGUACCAUUGGACAAGAGUGUGGUGGUUCAGCCCUGUUUGAGCUCCUCCCCACACACCUCUGUUACACUCCAGUUCUCAUCUGCACAGUCUAACUCUACAUGACUCUCAGCUCUGUUGGUUUUUCCAUACGUUGAGUCUUAUGCUAGUAACCACGCAGCAUGAGAUUACCUCUUCUGUGUCUCUCUGAAGUUACAAUAGUGUUUUUGUUUUAUCAUAAAUGUGACCGUCUAUUCUGGAAAAUAUUAACUGUUUGCCCUGUGAGUGGGCAAGUGAAUAUUUAUGACUUCUACUGUGGGGGAGAGAGAGGAGACAAAAAAGGUUUGAUGUGAAAUAGCAGAUGGACAACAAGUCCAGUUGGAGCCUUGGAGUUCCUGCUGCCUAUGCUGGAAACUGUUGGUUUGGCUGAGAGGCCAAAACAGAAUCUGUGUGUGCGCAAAUUACACACACACAGAGUAAGUGUGGUUGUGUGUUAUCUUUAUCAAAAUAACACAACACAUUUUGAUUCAGUGGAUCAAUGGUUUUUAAAAAUAAUAUUAAAGGAUUGUUUGAUGACGCU